AUGUCGCCUAAAGAGCUGUUAUCAAUUAAUUUUGAAGCUACAGCCCAAGCUUGGAAUAAGAAGUAUCAUGAGCCAUAUUCAUUGUAUCCAUAUGGUGAAGAACCCUGUGGAGGAGAAAGUUGCCAAGAAACUUGCCAAAGAUUGUGA